AUGGUUUGCACAGCUGAUUUGCCAAAAUUCAGCGCAUAUCUUUUUCAAGUUGAAGAACAACAAGAGGGCGGAAUAAUGCCCUGAGCAGGCGGGUAUUGGGCGUCGAGGUUGCAAUGAGUCCCUCUCUUCUGAUGACGAAAAUGAAAUCAACGGCAGAGCUCCCCGAAUCUGACACUGGCGGCCAAAGAGCUCAGCGCUACCUGCUCUCCGCGGUCGCCGUGACGGGGGUAGCCGCGCUGAUGUGUGCCUCGCUGUUCGCUCUCUCGCUCUAUCACUUGAUGGCACUUAAAGCAGAAGUAGCCAGCUUGAAAAUGGACUUGUUAAAGAAACGAGAGUGGGCCGCUAACGAACCGCUUGGUGCCAACCGUCAGGAAGAUGAUGAGGAUGAGAUACAUGACACCUCCCAUAGAGACGUCCCCCAAGCACAAACCCGACAGAGGGACCGGGUUCGGAGAUCCAGAGAUUUCAACAAUAAAACAGUUCUUCAGGCUUGCUUGCAUAUGAUAGCAGAUAACAGCAGAAGCACCUUCCAGAAAGAUAUGCAAACGGCCAUCCCUUGGCACCAAGGACUCAGGCGAGGCCCAGCGCUGGAACACGAACAAGAAAGCAACGCGAUUGUCGUCAGAGAGGCCGGCUACUUCUUUGUGUACAGCCAGGUAUAUUACAUGGACAGAACAUUUGCAAUGGGCCACGUGAUUAUAAGGAAAAAGGCUGGAAUUGUAGGAAAUGAGCUGAGAAUUGUGAAUUUAUUCCACUGUAUCCAGCACAUGAAUGAAGAUUACCCGUUCAAUACUUGCUACACGGCAGGGAUUGCCAAACUGGAGCAAGAGGACAGCAUUGAACUGCUCAUUCCUCGACCGUCAGCCAACGUGUCCCUGGAUGGAGAUUCAACCUUUUUCGGUGCAAUAAAACUGGCCUGAGUCGUGGCACUUGGGGCAGCAGAGACUUCCUGUGUAAAUUUCCUAUCUCGUGGCUGGCAUAUGGGAAGAGCCGGGAGCAAAGCUGUGAAUGCAAAGAUGGGCCGUCAGCAGCACAGGGGAACAGAAGAAAUUAAAAAAUUAAAAAUUAAAGGAAAUCCAGCAGUGCUGAAAGGAUUUGUCAGGUGAUGGUGAAAAAAGGGGUCUUUAAUGAUUCAAAAAAAGAGAUGUGCCAACUUAAUUAAAUGAACAUCUUGGUUUAUAA